AUGCUGCCUUAUGUGAAUCACCACACUUAUCAUCCCACUCGCCCUCGAUUUGUCGAACCAACCUAUGGCGAAGAAAUUGCCAUUGGUGGGUGUGAGGUUCUCCAGAACCCCCAAGCCCAAUUUAACAUGGAGCUAAGAAAGAAGUAUGGGCAAGAUGUUGUUCGCUUUUCUCGUGUCACUCUCGAAGGCAGCACUUACACUGUUGUUCUCUGUGACUGGCAAACGACCAACCAGUUCCUCGAGGACUUUGGCAAAGCAAACCCAUCCCAUGGUGCAGCCUCCUUGUCACCUCAAGUCUUGCACCUCCAGGUUCAGGUCGAUGAACUACGCAGACAGGGUGCUGAAACAGUGGGCAUGGUCAAUCAGGUCCUUGCACAGACCUGGUGUGCUGUUGAAAAGCAGAAUGAGGUUGCCCAGCAGAUGAUGGCCUCCAUUUGUGCUGUCUCGACUUCUGCAGUGUUGUCCUCAUGGUAUGCAUCUCUCGAAUCUACUUGUGGGCGCCUUGAAGAGUGCAUGGUCCGCUACCGUGAGACCCUCGAAGGCAAGCCUUCGCCUGCUCAGCGAAUCAGGGUCAACUCUCUCUUGGCAGAGAUGGAGCAUGAGUAUGGCCAUGUUGACAAGGAAAGAGACACUGUUGCCCAGCAGCUAUCUGCUUUACAAUUCGCACAGGGAACACAGUUCCUUGGUCAAUCUGUACCCCACAACGAUGCUGACCCCUCUCGACCUCCGGAGCAUGGAGAUGAUGUCCCCAUGUCUCAUGAGAGGCCUCCUCCUGAGGAGGAUGACAACCAACAUAAUGAACCCCAUCAGUGCAUGUCUCAUGAUGCUGGUUCAGCAGCUGGUCCCUCAAUUGAUGCGAACUGUAUGGAACAGGAUGUAUGCUGGCCCUCCACAGUCCAUUUCGCGUCCCUUCUGACUGUCACCUGCCCUCUAUUCCACACCUCGUUUUCUGUUAUUCGCUUCUUCUUCACAUUCACUCAAUGGUUGCUUGCUUUGGCCUCGCUCAUUUCCUCUAGUGCUUUUGUGAUUCUUUUCGGUCUACUCCUUCUCAUAAUGGUUGUUCAUGCAUCCCAUCCGCUUCACAUCGUAUCUCUUAAUGCCAAUGGUGUCGGAGACCUCAUGAAAUGUAACGCAAUUUCAUCUAUGAUACAUCAGCAUUGGCCACACAUCUGGGUGAUUAAUGAGACCAAAUCACCCACACCUGCAGCCUCCUGUGUUCGUGCGCCCGGCUAUAACACAUAUGAAAACUCUGGUGUGCAGACUGCGGGCUCUCCUGCUCAUGGCAAAUGGGGAGUUAUUCUCAGAGUUUCUAACACCAUUCACACUCAGCGUGUUGACACUUCCUUUGAUUUGUCCCUGACUGGCAGAGUUGUUGCUGUUGAUUUGGUCAUACCCAUGACUAAUGGUGGUUUUCCUCACCAUCUCAUUGGGGUUUAUGCCCCAUGGGACCCUGGCACUGCAGUGGGUCCUGAUCCUCAGUCCUCAUCUGCGUUUUGGCCAUUGAUCACAAAACUUUGCCAGCAAUCUCCCUACUCUUGA